AACCCUCAAGUCAAUGAAUAUUGUGGUCACACUGGCAAAGGAGCCGUCACGGUGGAGUCGGCCAGGGCAGCGCCUUCCCAAAAUAUGACCAGGGGUGCUUGGAUGUGUCGGCAGUUUGAUGACAGCUUCAGAAUCUGCUUCGCACCCCGGGAGAACGAGAAACCUUUCACGGAUUCCGAGAGGGCUCAGAAAUGGCGACUGUCUUUAGCAUCCCUCUUGUUUUUCACAGUCCUGCUCUCUGAUCAUUUGUGGUUCUGCGCCGAGGCGAAAUUGACAAGGACCAGAGACAAAGAGCAGGGCACCUUCGUGUCACCUAGCAUGGCUGAUCAAUUCCCAUCAGCGGAAGGACCUUCCCUCUCACCUACCAUUCCAUCAUCUCAAAAGAGCCUUAGCCAAGGCAAAAAAGCUAUUUUUCUAGGAAAUUCUACCAAACCUCGGUGGCGGCCAACAGCCUGCCCCCCACAUAGUCCAUCUGGCCAGUGUCUGCAGGUGGACGACGCUGAGUCGGUCUGUAGGAACUUGAGUGAGGCAUGGGCAUGGGGUGAUGGAGCCACUCACUACAACUUGAGUCAUUUGUACCUACCCUUUUGUAAUUCCUACACACUUUGGGAUUUGUUUUCUGGCUUCCCCAAUCCGGACACGUUGAACUGUAGUGGGGACCUGGUGGAGAAUGGGGAUGUAGCUGGUUGCAGGCAAUGCGUCUUGGCUUACAAAGGCUACGACCAGCACGCUCAGGAGAAAUACCAAGAAUUUGACAUUGUGCUACAGAAAUAUUUACAAUCGGAGGAGUAUUCGGUCAAAUCCUGCUCUGAAGACUGCAAGACUGUCUAUAAGUCCUGGCUGUGUUCCCAGUAUUUUCAAGUUACACAAUUCGAAUGCAGUAGCAAAAUUCCUUGCAAGCAAUACUGUUUGGAGGUUCAAACGCGGUGUCCGUUUAUAUUACCAGACAACGAUGAUGUCGUGUAUGGUGGACUAUCAAGUUUCAUUUGUACAGGGCUGUAUGAAACCUAUCCAACCAAUGCAGAACCAGAAUGCUGUGAUGUCAGAUGGGAAUUAUCAACAGAUAACCAAUCCAAAGGGACUAAAAAAUCACACGAUUCAACGUUGUGUCACAGGACGUCACUCACAGCUUCAUCAGCAUCCAGACUGUGUAACAGCAGACUUAAACUGUGUGUUCUUGUACUGAUACUAUUACAUACCGUACUAGCAGUCUCAGCAGCACAAAACUCAACAGGACUGGGUUUUGAAAACAUAAGAAUUUUGGAAGACCGUUCAACAAAUGAGGAAUAG